UCACUGGUCACAUGAGACUCUAAGGCUGUAGCCUGUCCUAUCGACAGUUUGGAACAACUUUGGAAAACUGAGAUUUAUUACCACGUAAACACCUAUUUUUCACCAAAUGAAACUAUGUAGAGGACUUAAUUUCGGACAGUAUGCAGAAAUCACAUUUGGGAGUAGCUGGGACGGUUUUCGAGUCCAGCGGUUGAAGAAAAGCGAUCAUCAGACGAAGUUUCUGUAGGGGAAAAAAGUUGAGUGCAACUCGUCUGUCUGAGGUUUGUGGGACGGGCCGUCUGGCUGGCUGGAUGCGUGUUUUCAGCGCCGAGGAGUUUGGAAAUUCACGAAGGAAACUAACAUAACUAUUUCAUUUGAUGGUGCAGGAUAAUAAUGUUUUGCCAGUUUAUUAAAUAACGAAUUACACAAAACACUAUAAGAACUUUAAAAUUAAAAUCCACAAAAACAAAUUAAACUACAAAGAAUAUCCGUUCUUUGUAGUCAGUUUAGGGGUCGUCUUCCAUUUAACUCUGAACCAUUUCUCGUUUUGGAAUCAUUCGUUAUCAUUCAUAAUUAACUGUUCAGUUGUUUUAAUUGGACGCAUCACCUCUGGAAGGCAACAUGGACGCGCGACAGGGUCAGUGCGCGCCCCCGGUGGGGCAGCAGAUCGUGCACGUCCGCGGGGACUCCCAGACGGAUCUGGAGGCUCUGUUUAACUCCGUGAUGAACCCUAAAACCUCCGCCCUGCCCCCCUCCUCUCUGCCUAUGAGGAUGAGGAAACUUCCAGACUCCUUCUUCAGACAGCCGGAUCCCCGAUCACACUCCAGACAGGCCAGUUCAGAUGGGACCAUCGUUGGGUCUCUGACACCUCAUCAUGUGCGUGCCCACUCCUCUCCCGCCUCGCUCCCCAUCAAUGCCCUUUCUGCCCCAGCAACCAGUGCCAUGGCAACACAGCCGCUCCCUGACGACGUACCCCUCCCUCCGGGCUGGGAGAUGACCAAGACUCCCUCAGGACAGUGCUACUUCCUCAAUCACCUGGACCAGACGACCACAUGGCAUGACCCCCGUCUCUCCCAUCUCCAGACCAACGCAGCGGCCCACCUGCUCUCUGCUCCCCCGCCACACACACACACCCUCGCACACCCUGCACCCAACACACACACACAGAGUAACACCAGCUCCAACACAGGCCCCCUCCCAGAGGGUUGGGAACAGGCAGUGACUCCUGAAGGAGAGGUCUACUACAUCAACCACAUCACCAAGACCACCUCCUGGUUAGACCCACACCUAGUCCAGAGUGCUGUAGCCCAGGUGAAGCCCUCAACCCUGACCUCUGACCCGGUUGGCAUUGCGACAGUGGUAACCAAGCGCAGGCAGCAGCUGCAGGUGGAGAAGGACAGGCUGAGGCGGAAACAACAGGACCUGGCCCGUCCAAUCAGAGUACAGUGUAACCUGUGUCAGGAUGUGGCGGUGAGGAGUGGACUGGAGCAUGAUGGGAAAAUGAGGAACAACCAUGUAGACCCCGCCCUCAACGGGGCCCACUCCCGUAACCAGAGUACUGACAGUGGUCUGAGUGUCAGCAGCUUCACACGGACACCUGAUGACCUGCUGAACACUGUGGAACUCAUGGAUACAGGUGACUCUGGAGCAGGCCAGCCAAUGGCAUUCCUGGAGGCAGGCCCAGGGGUGUGCAUGGCUACCGAUGGGGAGGAGCUAAUGCCCAGCAUCCAGGAAGCCCUGAGCUCAGACCUCCUGAGUGACAUGGAUACUGUUCUCUGGUUAUAGACACACACUAUAGAUACACACACACACACACACACACACACACA